AUGGCAGAAAAGACAGGAACAGAACAGGGUGCUCACGAUGAUGACCGCGAACUCAUUUCCAAGAGAAUGGGCCCGGCCGAAUUCGUUCAGAUACCGAAGCAGUACUGUCACGUCUCUGAUCUGAAUCCGUCGGUCCACCAACUGUCAGUCUCGGGGCGCAUUAUAGUGAGACAGCCCCCACAGGUGCAUCUUGAACUGCCGCAUUUCACGCGGCUGGACCUCGACAUCCUCGACGCUAUCUCCGUUGUUCUCCUCCGGGACAUCGGAUUUAUCAGCCCUCCUCCAGAAAAUGCAUACAACGCGUAUAGCUUGAACGCCCGCCCUAAGGGGAAAGGCCCCGUUUUGGCGGAGAUUACGCGUAGAUCCCCCAAGUCCUGCCGCAGGUUGGCGAGAUCACCUGCCCCGGCGACCAGGGGCGAUCUUACAUAUAUCUUACGAGGGAGUCUCAAGGUGAAUAUGAACGGAGGGCAGUUCGCGGUUAUUGACGUCCACGAAUGCUUCUCCAUCGCGGUAUCACCCGCUCAAGCUCCAAGACCCUACACCUACAUACGCCACAUGGCUACGCGGGCCAGUUAUGUGUUGCCUGGCGAGACAGCCAUCACCAAGUGGGGUAGCGGGUUGAUCGUGCAAACCGACUGA